CUGGGGACAGAAAGCAUCUGCCUGUUUUCUGAGCGUUUCCUACAGGCCCCUCUGGGAGCCGGCUGUGCAGCUGAGAGCCCCCCUGUCCUGCUGGUGGACCCUGGCCCCCGUCCGAGGCUCGGGGCUUCCUCUCCCUGCCCCUUCAGGCAAAGUGCAGCGCUGCUUGUGCAAUCCUUGCCGCUCAUUUCCGCCUCCCCGGCCCACGGGCAACUUCUCAGGCCACCAUGAUGCCUGCCAGGCUGCUGUGGGGAACCUGCGUGAUCCCGUGGAUCUCCGUCGUGCUGCUGUGUCUGCUGGCCCAAGGUCCCCAGGGGCAGAAGUUCCAGCUGCACCUGGAGUCCCCAGCCGCGGUGCCUGCUGCUGGUGGCCCUGUCUUGGUUAACUGCAGCGCCGGCUGCCCCAGCCCUUCACUCCUCGGACUGGAGACAUCCCUGCCGAAGCAGCUCAACGGCAGCGGCCCAGGCUAGGCAACUUUCUGGCUCAGCAAUUUAACUGAAGACAGCACCAUCAUAUGCUCUGCCCUGUGCGGCAGCUCGCAAGUGACAGCCUCCUCCAACAUCACUGUGUACAGGUUUCCAGAGCGGGUGGAGCUGGGCCGCCUGCCGCCCUGGCAGCCCGUGAGUGAGAACCUCACCCUGCGAUGCCUCAUAAUGGGUGGAGCACCCCGGGACAGGCUCACCGCGGUGCUGCUAUGGGACCAGGAGGAGCUGAGCAGGCAGCAGGUCGUCGGGGAGCCUGGGGAGGUCACAGCCACGGUGCAGGUGGGCAGAGAUGACCAUGGCGCCAACUUCUCGUGCCGCACGGAGCUGGACCUCCGACCUGAAGGCCUAGAGCUCUUUGUGAACACCUCGGCCGCCAGGCAGCUCCGGACAUUUGCCCUGCCGGUGACUGCGCCGCACCUGCUGGCCCCCAGGUCCUUGGAGGUGGGCAUGAAGGUGCCAGUGAAUUGUGUUCUGGAUGGGCUUUUCCCAGCCUCCGAGGCCCAGGUGCACCUUUCGAUGGGGAACCAGAUGCUGACUACUGUAGUUACAAGGGAUGGUGACCUGGUCAAGGCCUCGGCCACUGUGUGCUUGGAUCAGGAGGGGACGCAGAAGAUCAGCUGCAACAUGACCCUGGGAGGCGUGAGUCACUAUGCCCAGACUUUGACAACAGUCUACUGCUUCCCGGCGCCCAAUCUGAGCCUGAGCGAGACCAGGGUCACCAAGGGGUCCACAGUGAAUGUGACCUGCACGGCCGGAUCCCAAGCCCAGGUCAUACUGGAUGGAAUCAGGGCCCCAUCUCCGGGGAAACCUGCCCAGCUUCAGCUAACUGCCACUGACAGCGACGACGGACGCCACUUCAUAUGCAACGCCACUCUCGAGGUAGCUGGAGAGCUUGUAUAUAAAAGCACGGCUGUCCAGCUGCAUGUCCUGAAUUCGAAGUUCUCUUCGGUCUCCAUCAUCAUGAUAGUGCUAGCUGUCCUGGGCGUGGUCAUUAUCUCAGGGGCCUUACUAUGUGUCUUCGGGAAGCAGAAACGGUGCGACAUCUACCACGUGACGCAGCAAAGCAACUCGGUGCCCCUGACGGCUAGGGAGCCUGAAGACACAACGGGGGAAGAGGCGUCCUGAGCUGGGGGAUGUCGGGAUUCUGGGACAAAGACAACCGGGACUUUGGCUGUACCCUGGAAUUUCCCACCAAUAAAGCCUUUAAACUCCGUAGUCUGGUUGGCGUCCAUACGCGCCACUGGGCUCUCUCCACCAC